ACGGUACACAUAUCAUGAGGUGGUCAAUAUACCUGGUGCUUGUAGUAGCGCAUGUAGUGGGAUUGCUACUUUUCCUUCGGGGGUUUUUCCCCUCGAAGGUUGUACUUUCCGGUUAUAAUGACUUCCACGAUGGCAUCAAGUCACCAUUCGCGACCAAGGCAGGAACCCCACAAUUCAAGAAAAUCGUCUUGAUGGUGGUAGAUGCCAUGAGGGCGGACUUUGUGUACUCGGAAACCUACUCGGAUAUGUCCUUUGUGCAUCAGUUGAUUAGCAGAGGCAAUGCUAUACCGUACACCGCCUUUCUGAACCCACCCACCGUCACACUUCCAAGACUCAAGGGUAUCACCACCGGAGGUACUCCAAGUUUCUUGGAUGCCAUCCUCAACGUGGCAGACGACAAGGACUCUUCCCAGGGGCUCUCUUCGCAGGACUCGUGGAUCAGACAGUUCCGCUACAUGGACAAUGGUAAGAAAAUCAACUUUUAUGGUGAUGACACUUGGCUCAAAUUGUUCCCUAAAGAGGAAUUCUUCGGCACUACAGAGGGCACAAACUCCUUCUUUGUAAGUGACUUCACUGAAGUAGAUCAUAAUGUUACCAGACACUUGGAUCUGGAGCUUGCAACUCACAGUUGGGAUGGUCUUAUUUUGCAUUAUUUGGGUCUUGACCACAUUGGCCAUAAAGGUGGUCCAGACUCCGUGUUUAUGAAACCAAAGCAACGUGAAAUGGACGCCAUUGUGGAGCGUAUAUACAACAGCAUUGACAACGAUACGUUGUUUGUUUUAAUGGGUGAUCACGGGAUGAACGAGGUGGGGAACCAUGGAGGUUCCUCUGAGGGAGAAACUAAUGCAGCAUUGGUAUUAAUCUCACCUAAACUUCAAAAAUUAUCACAGGAUAAGAAAUAUAUUGCGCCAACUUCAAACUCAGAUGAUUACUCAUAUUUUAACCGAGUGAAUCAAAUCGAUUUGGUCCCUACUCUUGCAUCACUUCUCAACUUCCCCAUCCCCAAGAAUAACUUGGGGGUCAUUAUGAGAGAACAUUUGGGGUUAUGGGAUUCCAUUACUCAACAAAAACAGAUUUUACUUGAAAAUUGUUUCCAAUUUAAAGACCUUGUAGAGACAAAAUAUGGCAUUGAUUUGCAACAACAAAUGGAACACGUUGAUUCUGAUUCUCAAAAUAUUCAACAAAAGUGGAAUCGAAUGUUUGAAGUCAAUGAUAAUGAAGCAAUCGAUGCUUACUUUGAUUUCCUUCACACUGCGCAAGAACUAUUGGCAACUUCUGCUACAAAUUACAACUACACAGACAUUUGGUAUGGUAUCACGAUAUUAAUACUUUCCACUGUGGCUACCAUUUCGUACUUGAGUUGGUAUUUCUUGUUCAAAACUGAAGCUAAUCAAUUUUUCUUGUAUUCAUUUCUUGGGUUUGCCAUUAUGUACCUGGCAAAUUUCCUUGGAUCCUCAUUUAUUGAAGAAGAACAUCAGAUUUGGUGGUUUUUCAUGGUGAUGAGUCUUGUUGGUUUAUUCUUGUAUAAUCACGGGAACUCCAAGUAUAUUUUCUUACUCACGGCACUUUCUAUUAGAAUCAUCCGUGCGUUUGCCAAUACUGGUCAAAAAUUCAGAACUCCAUACACCUUAUCUGCAUACUUACUCUCAACCCCUGAUCUCUUGUGGGUAUUGAAUAUCAUCACAUACGGUGUGUUUGCCAUGUCGAUAUUCAUCCAGGGAAGUUUCAUCAAUUGCUUAUCGUUUUCAAAUAUGACUUUAAAAGAAAGAAACUCUAAUGAUUUUGGUCCACUCUUCACUUUUAUCGCUGUUUUCGUAAGUGUAUCACUUCUGUUCCUGUUCAAACUUUGUCAAUCAUACAACGAUGGGAAUAUCAUCCCUAGAUGGUUGAUGCCCUUGGUGGCCUGGAAUUGUGAAUCCUUUGGUAUUGAUAUUACCCUGGCUGAUAAAAAGCAAUUCCAAGCGGUACUUACACAACUCUCUAGACUUUUGUCCUUCUCUCUUGCUGGCCUUGUGUCAGUGAGAAUUGUGUUGGGUAAAUUAAGAAGAUUGAACGAUGGAUUAUAUACAGACAUAGUGAACAUACUUUCUGUGUUUUUAAUUCAUCAAACUAGAGUUGAAUUGAUCCCCGUGUUUCUUGCCUUUUUCGUGAUUAGAUUUUCCAUUGCUAGAAUUUUGAAACAAAAUGAAACUCGUUUGAGAGCUAACAUUGAUCAAUUAUUAAUCAUUGUUACAACUUUCACCCUUUGUCUUCAAAACAUAUCAUUCUUCUCUAUGGGUAACACUAAUCUGUUGGCUACAGUUGACUUAUCAAAUGCUUACAAUGGGAUUGCUUCAUAUGAUGUAUUCCUAGUUGGGCUCCUUACAUUCAUCUCAAGUUUUGCUGGCCCUAUUUUCUGGUCUUUCACCGCUAUUGGUUGGUUGUUGGAACAUAGAACUUUGAGCUUUGAUCCAAAUCAUCUUGAGCUUAUCCGUGUUCGUCUGAUCCGGAACCAAGUACUCAAGGUGAAAUCAUUUAUUAGUCUCACUUUUUACUCGGUUUCUGCGUUAGUUCUUUGUGGGUCAUGUAUUAACUUGAGAUUCCACUUAUUUAUAUGGACUGUGUUCUGCCCCAAGCUUCUUUUCUUUGCUAGUUGGGCUCUAUUGGUGAACAUUCUAGUCGAUUUCCUUAUUGCUGGAUUAUUACUUCUGGUCAGUUAAUUAACAUCUACUGGGGAUCUUGUACAUACAAAAUUUUUCUAUUAAAAAAAAAUAUUCCAUUCAUUAGAACAUAUGACGCGAUACAUAAUAUACAUAGA